AGUUCAGACAUUGAAUGCAGCAUUAGCCUUUAGCUCAGCGACAUGGUGUUAAAUAGAAACACUCAUCAUUUUCAGGUUUAAAUCAAUUUCCUACUUCGAUGGACGACCGUCAGCUAGACCUAACCAAGGAACAACAAGCUACUAAAUCAAAAUACCCUCCAAUCAACAAGAAAUAUGAAUACCUGGAUCAUACAGCAGACGUGCAAAUUCACUCCUGGGGAGACUCUUUGGAGGAAGCUUUUGAGCAGUGUGCGAUGGGGAUGUUUGGCUACAUGACUGACACAGAGACGGUGGAACCCCUCGAUACUGUUGAAGUGCAAUCAGAGGGUGAAGACAUGGAGUCUCUUCUCUUCCACUUCUUAGACGACUGGUUAUACAAGUUUUGUGCAGAUCUCUUCUUUGUCCCUAGGGAGAUCAAAGUCGUGUCCAUUGACAGAAUGCACUUCAAGAUUCGCUCCAUUGGGUGGGGUGAAGAAUUUUCUCUGGCAAAGCAUCCACAGGGAACCGAAGUGAAAGCUAUCACAUACUCUGCAAUGCAGAUCCACGAUAAAGAAAAACCAGAAAUAUUUGCCAUCAUUGAUAUCUGAGGAUACCUCUGAGGGAAGAUCACACUCCUGGUUCACUGGAACUGCUCAGUCUAUACGGCCAAUUUAACUGGUCUUUUCAUUUUAUUUGACACACUGAUUAUUAACUAGCAAAAUCACGUGUUCUGCUUUUGGUGAACUGUUUACUAAUUAGCUCCCUUAAGGACUGAUAUAAUUAAAGGACCUCGGCUGAUGAAGUGAAAUGUUGAACUUAAAAAAAAAGAACUUUAAAUAAACAAAUGUCUGCAAUAUAGAGGAUGUAAAUGUCAUAAAAGUAAUGAAGAUGUUUACUUAAAGUCAUUGUUAAUAAAACUUAUGAUAAACACUGA